AUGGAGAAUUUGGGAUAUCCAAAUCUAGAGGAUGAUAGAAUGAGAGAACUCUAUGAAGCAUCAUUAAAUGGACGUGUAAGUACCUUAAACACACUGAUCCAAAGGGACCCUCGUAUUCUGAGCAGAGUUUCCCUCUAUCCCUGCACUGAAACCCGAUUACACAUAGCCUCUUUGCUUGGACAUUUGGAGUUCUGUAAGGUUCUUCUUGACAAAAAUCCCAGUUUAGCAAGUGAAGAGAACUCCGAAGGACGUUGCCCUCUUCAUCUCGCUUCCGCUAAAGGCCACACUGAGACUGUUAAAGCUCUGUUGCUGACAAAUCCAGAAACUUGUUUGAUUAGGGACAAAGAUGACAAGCUUCCUCUCCACUAUGCUGCAAUGAGAGGACGCAUAGGAACCAUUAAGGAGUUGAUAAGUGUGAGACCAGAUUCCAUUCGGGAGAUAACAGAGAAUGAUGAUGGUUCUAUUCUACACUUGUGCGUUCGGCAUAACCAUCUAGAGGCCUUGAAACUCUUAGUGGAAUCAGUUAACGGAGACAAUCAAUUUCUAUCUGCCAAAGACAAAGAGGAUAACACCAUUCUUCAUUUAGCAGUGAAACACAGACAAAUUAAGAUCAUCAAAUACUUGCUUUCGCUAUCUGAAAUGAGUACAGCAAUGAAUAAUUUGAAUAGGGAGGGCUUAACAUCUUUGGACAUGUUGGGAAGCUCCCCAAGAGAUUCAAUUAGCCUUAAAAUUGAACAUAUGUUAACAGAAGCAGGGGUUCAAAGGUUUGCACAACAACCAUUGCCGAACUCUGCACCAAGCAAUGAACCUCAACAACCACUGACAUCACCAAACAUAGUAAAGGAAAAUCAUGAUCCCAAUAGAUGGAAGAGGUUAGAGAAAUUCUGCACAAGGUACUUGAUAAACCAAGGUAAUUGGAUAGAUAAAAAGACACGUGAACAAUUGAUGGUGGCGGCCACCGUGAUUGCCACCAUGGCUUUUCAAUCGGCGAUUAACCCACCGGGUGGUGUUUGGCAAGCUGAUACAAAAGAUGGUAACAACGCUUGCACUACUUAUAAGUUAUGUGAAGCUGGCACUGCUGUUGUUGGUUAUGUUUGGUCCCCUGAUUUUCAAAAAUUCAUUUUCUUCAACUCAGCUUCUUUCUUUGCGUCUCUUUGUGUUUUGUUGAUUCUGAUUAGCGGGUUUCCGCUUGAUAAUAAGGCCAUAAUGUGGAUCUUGGCCGUUUUAAUGAUUGUAGCAGUGACAUGCAUGCUGCUCACAUACAUGUGGGCUUUGGCAUUAGUGAGCCCUAAUCAUAUUUAUUAUAGAAUUCGUGGUCUGGGCUAUGUUAUGGUUGGUGCUUGGUCUUUCUUGCUUGGAGUUGUGGGUUUGAUUCAAACAACCCGAAUAGUAUUCUGGGUAAGGUCACGGCGGCACCGGUCCUCCAAAAAUGCUCCACCGAGUCAGAACUCUCCCGGCCGGUUGAUAAUGCUCUAG